GGGACCACCCAAACAUAAACUUCCCGUCCCGCGUUUUUCUGAUCUGAUGUGACCACGUUGAUUUAAUCCUUUCUCUUAAAUGUUCCAUUCUCAACCGUCCGAUCAAAAACUAUCGUUUACGUAAGGAAUUGUACAAUGCCCUCUCCUCCCAACUCCCUCUCUCUCUCACGCACAAACACACACUUCGACAUUUUUUUCAGAGCUUUUCUUGAUCACUCUCGCCCGCUGCCAGCUUUGAGCUCUGGACUUUCCAAGAAGUAAAGUUUUUUUUCUUUCACUGUCCAAAGCGCGGCGGAUACGUGGUUCUUCUUCCCCCAGGCUUUCGUUUUUUCCGUUACUGACCGCCGUUUCAUUCUGCAUUACCUGUACUCAGGCUGAGCUGCCUGCAUCAUUGUAAAUCGAGUAAAAAAUGUGCAGCUGAAAAGGAUCUGUAGGGAUUAAGACCUAUCCAGUCUAUGGAUUUCCAGUUAGAGCUCGAAAGGGAUUCAAGAGAUUAACCCUUUGGAACUUCUGUAAAGACCAUGUUGCCCCAAGCAAGCCAGAGGGCAAAUAUGCAAGGCUGGUUUAAACCUGAAGAGACUAAUUUGUCAUAUGCUGAUCUUCAUCAAGAAAUUACAAAAGGUGGAAAAAAGGUCUCACCUGAAUCGUCCUGGAAGCAUAAAAAACAACAUGCUGAUAUCAAGGCAAAGGAAGAAGAUGAGCUUGUGAAGUACAUGUCAAAUUUACCAAGCUAUCUGGAGAGAAGAGCAAACCCCCAAGAAAAAGUUUUAAAUAUUGGGGUCCUUGAUUGGGGGCGUCUUGAAAAAUGGCAAUGUAGCCAUAAACAGAUCUUACAUGGGAGUAGUAUCUCUUCACUGUCCAGCAGCAACACAUCUUUGUCGUUUUCUACAGAAGAAUCUUCAGCUCAUUCGAGCGGAGGUCACGGUUGCUCUCUUGCUCGUCAAAGGUUACAACAUCCUUCGCCGCAAUCUCAUCUGACGUCAGUCCCCGUAGAAGGCCAUUUGCCUUUUGUCAAACCUUUUAGGGAAACUGUUGGAAAGUUUCAAGAUCUCGAGGCUGCCCAGAGCAACACCUUCAUUGUUCAGAGAAAAUUCAUCGGAGAAGAUAAAUCUUUUUACAAAAAUAAUCUACAAAUCAAGUUGGAACAGUGCAAGAGAAAAGAAAUGCACCCAAAGAUUGAUUCAACAAUUGGCACUGUGCCAAAUGGGGUAAAAGAUAAUUUGGCAUCUUGUGACAAGGUGAAGAUGAAGAACCAAGUUGGUGAAUUUAUGAAGAAAGCUGAGAAGUUCCAAGAAGUUAUUCCAAAAGGGACAAACCAAGAUGUCACUGAAAAAGGAAACACAGUUGCCCUCCUUUUGCCAAGAGAUUUGCCCAAUACGAAUAAUUCGGGAGCAUGUAAUCUUUCUGAUUUAACAACAAAUUCAAAUAAAAAAGAAGCGGAACCUAGUCAGAGGACCUUCCCGGAAACAUCUAAAGAGGCUCACCAUGCAGAGCUCAGGUCCAAUUUCUGUCAUUCAGGUCCGUUGCCUUGUGAACUUGAUGGCAGUAAACAUUUAUGGUUUAAAGCCAUGGGUUCUGUAGAUGCAAAUGGUACUGACUAUAUGUCAGAAAGAUCUCGUUCUGUACCUCGUGCAGCAAAGAUAGACACUAAUUCUUCCAGAAGCAUAAAUCUAGAGGAGAAAAAACUAAAUGCAACACCCGUUGUGUGUGCUGCAAAUGAGGCUUGCAAAGGAUCAGACCAAAAAGUAAUCAAGGUUGCAUCUGAAAAUGUACGAAGCACUUCACCUUUUCGUCAUUUUAGUUUCAGCAUGGGUAAGACAGGCAAAAUUUCCGGCCCCAACGAGGGUUCUAUAUCUCAGGUGAGCUCAACAUGUAGUUCUGCCAAAACUGAUUCAGAGAAUCCUGUUGGUUCUUGUGUUGAUACAUGUUGUGGUGAUAAACUCAAUGCUAAAAGCAGAGCCAGGUCCAGCCCUUUGAGGAGACUAUUAGACCCACUUCUGAAACAAAAGGAAUUUAACGGUGGCAACCAGUUUCAGGACUCAGUUUUAACAAAAGGUGCCUGUAAAUCAUCAGAAUGGCUAAGACAUUCAACCGCAACUUUGCUGUCAGCGAAAGUGAAAUCAAAUACAAUCAGCCAUUGCACAAUCAAUGGAAAUGAUUCAGUACAGAACAAAAAGCAUGGAUCUUCAGCGGUUCAAGCUCUUCUCAGAGUUCAAAUUAAGAAUGGGUUGCCUCUGUUCACGUUCGCUGUUGAUAAUGAGAGUAGCAUUCUUGCAGCUACAGUGAAGAUGUUACGUGCCUCAGGGAAGGGUGAUUAUGGGUGCAUUUACACAUUCUUUGCCAUUCAAGAAGUCAGGAAAAAGAAUGGAAGGUGGAUAAAUCAAGGAGCGAAACGCAGAGGUCAGGAUUAUGUCCCUAAUGUUGUUGCCCGGAUGACGGUUUCUGGUUCUGAAUUUUCUCAUUUCUCCAGGCCAAACCAUGUGGAUCAAUUUAGCAUUAGAGAAUUUGUUCUUUUUACCUUGGCUGUAGAGCAGGCAAAUCUACACGCAUCUGAUUUCCAGCCAAAUGAUGAGCAGGCAGCUAUUGUUGUCAGGAUCCCAAAAAGGAACAGAAGUUCAAUCAGAGAUGGGUAUUUGAUUGAUAAGCAUAACAACUUGCCUGGGGCUGCAUUGAAAGAGCAUCUGCCAGAAGUAAAACUUGAAUUCGAUCAUGGGAAAAAGGAUCCUUUUAUGGGUGGUCAAGACAUUAGAGCUACAGUUAUACUUCCAAGUGGUGUACAUAGCCUUCCAAAUAAAGGUGAACCUUCAUCACUGAUUCAACGAUGGAAAUCAGGUGGAGCAUGUGACUGUGGUGGUUGGGAUUUGGGUUGCAAACUUAGGAUUCUUUCUAACAAGAGCCAAAUCAGCCAGCGGUCUAGUUCAUUGAAAGGUUCUUCAAUUUCUAAUCAAUUUGAACUUUUCUAUCAGGGAGGAUUGCAAGGCAGCAAGCCUUUUUUCAGCUUUGCCCUUUUAAAGGAUGAGAUCUAUUCAGUUGAGUUCAAUUCAUGGCUUUCGCAUAUGCAAGCCUUUUCAAUUUGUGUAGCAGUUUGGGAUAGUAGGAAACAAUGUGAACUUUCAGAACCAGUGACCUCUUCUGAAGAAGCAACCUUGGGGGAAACCAUAUUAAAUGACAGAAUAAUUUCCCCUAAUCCUUUGGAAGGAGAGCCUCCUGCUAGAUAUGUCUCGUAUCCACCCCUUUCGCCGGUUGGAAGGGUCUAAUUUCACACAAUGAAUGACGAUGUAAUUAAAUGAUAAAGAUAUAAUUAUAUAUUUCUGGUUUGUUGAUUGGGUAAUGCUAAGUGAGAUAUCUAUCACCGGUGAGGGUCGCCAAUGAAAAAUAAGAACUAAUGAACACGGCUUGUUGAUAAUAGCCAGGGACAGGUCCCCCUCGAGCUUUGGAUCAUUGUAUUUUGAUUUACUUUCGACAACAACAGAAGUGAUAUCGCCUGUUGUAUGAGAAAAUAUUUUCAUCAAUGAAAGUUUGCAUAUAAUCAAUGGAUGAUAUCUGCUUUUUCUCCUUACUCUUGAAACUCCACAUGCUUGAUGGUUAUGGUGCAUUUAUAGAUGUCCCAAGCAAACUCCCUAAGGACAGGGUAAGUUCUCCGAUUUACAGAACAGUUAUUGAGUAUGUUUUAAGUUUCUGACAGUAGUAGGAGGGAAGAAGGUAAGUUUCAUUUGUUGGGCCAAUCCUUUUAUUCCGGGCUAUUCUAUUUCUAGGCUUUGAUAUCUUAAUUACAGAAUUGGUAUGGAGACUGAUAUCUUAAAUACAGAAUUGCCUGACCGAUCAAGUGGAUCCACAGCUCCACCUCUACUUCCAUUAAGCGCUAGAAAUAAGGAUGGCAAGAACAAGGAAGAACACCAGAUGUUACUAACUGGGAAUUCUUUGGCAUUUACAAGCUCAGUAUGAAAUAUAAGC